UGGAGAGCCAAAAUAUCGUCGUUGUCUUGUUGGUAUCGCAGCUGGUCUGCUUCACUCGGGUACCGCUUCCGUGUGCCUGCACUUGCUGUCAUUCAUCAUCGUGAGACGAACGACAUACCUCGAAUUCUUGUUGUUGCCCCUUUUCUUCUCUCCAACAUGGUUGCUUCUGACCUCUGCGCCGAUGUGAAUGACUUCCUCGGUGAAUUCAACGCCCACAAGGGCAUGCAACUCACACGAGAUGCCUUCCCUGCCGUCCCCGCAAGCCAUUAUCCUCCUAGUCUGAUGCUCUCGGAUCAAGCCACUGCCAUAUCCUCUCCCCGCAGCUUCAACAGGUCCACCAGGAGCAAUUCAACGUACAUGUCGUCUUGCUUCCAAACCAACACCUCCACCUCCACUGCCCCUCCCCCUCACGGUCCUCCUCCACCACAUCGCCAACGUCCAUCCCUACCCACGGCGUCUCUCCUCGUCUGCGAGUUCGUUGGCUUCCAAGCAUGUGACGCCCUCUUUGACCCUGACGAUGAGGAGAGCUGGAUCUCACAUAUUGUCGGCCACCACCUGAACAACAUCCUUCCCCGGGUCAGCAUGUGCUGGUUCUGCAACGACGUACCGCGCUUCAAGGCCGUUUCGAAGAGUCGUGAGGAUCGCGAGAUGUGCUUUCGGGAGCGCAUGAGCCAUAUCGCUCGGCAUUUUCGUAAUGGCUGUUCGAGGGAGCAGAUGCGGCCUGACUUUUUCUUUCUCGAUCAUGUUCAUCAACACGGGUUGAUCUCUGAGGAUGUGUUCCAGUGGGCAAAGAGGUUUCAUGAGGUUCCGCAGAUUCCAAAUCUCUAUCCUGCCGGUUGGCGACCAGGUCAACAGGAAGAGGUUGUGGUUCAAGCCGAGGUCGGUCGUUCGCAUCGUCGUCAUCAUCGGUCCGGUCGAGAUCGUGGUCCGCAGGGAUAUUACCGGUAG